AGGAAGGAAGUUGCCAUCACUAUGCUAGAUGGGAGUGCUUUGCUGACAUGUGCUUGCUUUUGAAAAAACCAGUAGUCUUCAGAUUAGGACUAGGAAUAAUUACCGUGUUUAUUUUGUGUUUACCUGAAUUUUUCAAAAUCCAUGAAGCUAACACUGUAAUGGUGUCCUGCAUGGAUACCUGUUCAUCAAGUAACACCACUUUUCCACUUUGUACUUUUAACAAUUCUUACAAAAGAUCAGUGCAACAAAGAAGAGAAACCCAGACUAUUUUGCUGAAGGUCAUUAUAAAUAAUUCCAAUUUCCAAAAUAUUGCAUGUAUUUGCCAGUCAUCCUGGAGGGAACAACAGUCCCACCCUAAACAGACAGACUGUGAAUCCAAGAGGGAUGUGAAUGUUGAUCAUCAAGGAUCGGGGUCAAUAGCUAAAAAAACAAAAGGCUCACGUGAAGUGAAAACAGAAAAUGUUACUUAUUUUUAUAAAUAUUUUAAUUUCACUACGGAUUCCAAGAAAGAAGUGGAGCAUAAUACGAAGUACCUGAUGGAAAUCCACAUCAACAAUUCAAUAGUUGGAGGACAAAGUUCAGCCAAUGAACAACUAAAUCAUUCUUGUCUCUUGGCAAUGAUGGAAGACCCAAAUGACUGUAUGAAUAUUUCCCUGCAACUGAAGUCUUAUAUGGAAUAUCCAAUGUGUAUAACGAAGAUUACUUGGCUCACUAUGAUUGCAGUAGUUUUUGUAUUUACUGUUUCAUUCGUCAUCUACAAAAUAGUCCAAGAAAAUAAACAGAGCUCAGAUUAUAAACAAAGAGUAGCAGCAUCAGUUUCUACUGUUCUAAGAAGGAAGAGCUCCAGACAUGCAAGAAGAACUGUAUCUGCUACUAAAAUCCAUCCUUUACCUGUGAAAACCAGCAAACAGCAGGUUCCACUUCCUGCACAGGCCACAGAGAUACUGCCUGUAAUUCCUGAACAAGAGCAUUCUCACGUGGAUCAACUGUAGAAGAUAUCACCCUAUGAAAUACCAGCACUUUUGGAUGAAAGAAGACACAUCAUACACCACAGAAGAAAGCAUCCCCAUUUCCAGCUUGGGGGGCUAUGUUAUCCAUCUUUUCAUAGGAAUGACAAUUAUGCAUUUUACUUGACAAGUUCCAUUUUUUCCAUCAUAAUUACUUUGUAUUUAGAAAAUAGGAAUAAUGGACAAAUAUGUUUUUCUGCAUAAGCAACUCUGAGAGCAGAGUACAGAUUUCACAUCUAUUUUCUGUUCAGGAUUCAUACUUAGUUAUAUGGUUGCAAGAUAAUCCUUGUGAUAAUUACAUAUUUUUAUCAGGAUAAACAUUUAUUUUAUAUAUUCCAUAGGAUAAGAAGUCUGUAUAAAGCUAGGAAUUAUCCUCUACUUUCAUGAAAUGAGCACAAUUUUCAACCUACUUAAUGCUCUAGCUGACUAAGAUGCCUAAAAGAUACAGUUUCUGGCUGUUAGGGUGGCCAAAGUAUUACAGAAGGAAAGAAUUCACUAGCAAGCAUGUUAGUUUCUGCAGUAAACCAGGAAGACGAUCAUAAUUUGUGUAAUAUCUUAGUGGAUAAAGAAAAUAAUAUGGAAAAAUACUAAUUUGGCUUCAAAUCACAAGAUCAUAAUUAUUAUAAAUUUCUAAUAACUCAUUAAAACAUUAAAUGGGUUUGUACUUUUUGAGAAAUUGCAUUUCCAUCUUUUGUUCUAGCUUGGGUCAUUAGCAUUCCAACCCAUUAUCUCUUGGUACCUUUCCUUACUUUCCAUUUACUCCUGCUCCUCUGAGUGCAGUGGAGCUGUUUGGGCUGAGCAGGGUCUCAACUCCUUUGGUGCUAACACAUGAUUUGUGGGUACCGCUUAGCCAUCAGUUACUAGGCAGAGACAGAAAUUGCCAGGACUUCAGGCUCCCUUGUGCUAAAUCCAUCAGGAUGAACAGAUUGUAAACUGCCCAUUGCAAACAUAUAGGCAACAAUUUAGCAUCCAGUUAAUACUUCAUUACCUCCAUUCCUUACAUUUAUACAGCCUUUCCCUCCUGAAGCUUUCUGAAAUUGAAUUUUCCAGUCUACACUGAGCAGUUCAGAUUUAAUAGGAAUAGUUAUGAACAUUAGCUUCUGAAUGAUUUGAGUGCAUAUGGAUAUUUUUGUAUUUUGUUGGAUAAGUUUCAAGUAUUUGUUUCUAUUGUUUUUUAUUACCGUCUUAUUAAAAAAAAAUAAGAGGAAAAUA